AGCUCCGUCGCAUUUCUUCUGCCGGGCGAAUCUCCUUAGGUUGGAUGCCUCUUUGGCUGACGCCAGCCCUCGAAACCAUCGCGCCGUGGGUCCGACCAUCGCAAAAAGCUCGCGAAGAUCCUCGAGAAGCGUUCAGCCGCAUCAGCCUUGAAAGAAGGAUAAUUCUUUGCUACAAAUCGCAAACUGGUCGAAACAGGCGGGCCGAGCAUCGCGAUCGCUUUAGGUCCUCACUCGCCCGACAUGCGUCGAGGUUGGGGUCUUCCAGGUCGCAGAACCUGGCUUGUCGGCACAGCUUGGAGCCUCAACAUCCACGCCCAGUUGCUCGAGCCACACCGGGUUCACGAAGUUGAGAAGGCCACAAUCACCCAGGCACACCCACGACGCGACGCCACUUGUGAAGUUCAAGGAUGGGCUCUUUGUCCGGCGGAGGUGGGAGGAGGUUGUUGUCCGAACAACUAUAAGUGCGACGUGUCAUCCUGCUAUGCCACGACGGCAGGGCCGACCACAGCUUGCGGUAGAGAGGGAUACUACAACUGUCCCAUUGACGCAGGCCCAGGAAGCUGCUGUCCCGUGGGGCUUAUAUGUGCCAAAUUUGGCGGUGCUUGCGUUGCGCCCGAGGGUGUCUCCAUGUCGAUAUGUCCAGCAAAUUACAACGCUUGUCCAGCGUCCCUUGGUAGCGGAUGCUGCAGGUCCGGGAUGGCGUGCGGAAACGGCUUUUGUUAUUCGACAGCCCUGCAGACCUACACCGUGAGCGUACCUCUGACCACGACGGAUUCAAGUGGGAGUACAACCACCCGAGUGGUAACCACUACGACUGUCGUGACGCCAAAGCCUGGAGCGACGAACCUCGGUGGAGACGCGACCGAGAACGUGAUGCAAUUACGUCCAAGCACUAUCGCGAAGCUGCCGGCGGUGGAGACGGGCAACAGCGGUGGCGGUGGUGGCGGUGGCGGACUCUCGCAGGCGGCCCUCGGCGGAAUCAUCGGAGGAAGCGUUGGUCUUCUGGCCGUCAUCCUGAUCGCAACAUGGAUGAUUCUACGGAGGCUGAAGAAGACACAAAAAGCAGCUGAAGAAGCAGCAGCGGCGAGGCGAGAGCCGUCGAAGGGGACCGGAAGGGAAAAGACGUUGAGCUUUGGACAGCCGACCGUUACCGAAAUAUACGCGCAAGAUGGGACGGAUCCGUUGCAGUCUCCCAGUCUGCGCCCUUCAUAUUUCAGGACUACCUCGGAGGCCACUGCGGGGGAUUCCUCCCCUGCGCCUACAUCGCAGAUGCGUACCUCGGGCAGGUCAACUCCGUAUGGAGCCUGGCCCGGCCAGUACAACCCAGUCCCGACGUCGGAGGCUCCCGACAGCCGGCGGCAGAGCGUCGAGACAUUCCAGGCAUAUGAUGUGAGGUACGCUCAGCACGUCAUGCAGCAGCAGCCACGACAAGAGACACCACCACUGCACCAGAGAGCAGGCUCACACGACUCCCAGAUGACCAGCGCCUACCCGGGUCGGCAUAUGAGCUAUUCGAGCGAGCUGGAGGGCAUGCAUGGAUGGUCGGAGCUCGAAACAGAGAGCACCGGGGGUGGUCGGCACCGGUCGUCCUCAGCAGCACGAGCCAUCUCGCCGUCACACUCCCACCGGGGAAGUGUAGAGCUUCCGGGCUCUCCACGGAUGCGCAGCGACAGUGGCACUGCUGUAGGGGGCAACAUAGCGGGCAGUGUCGGCACCGGCCUCGUGACUGUCAACGAGAUCAGUGAGCUGCACGGCUAUUACGGACCGCAAUCGCACGCAGCGGGACAGACGGCUGCCAGGCUGGAUACAUAUCCGUCAAUCGCGCCGACGGCGGCCGACGCUUCCCAAGCACCGCCUUCGGGGAAUCCGCAUCCGGGAGGUGGUCCCUCAUAUUGAGAGCAUUGCAGCGUGAUAGGGAUUAUGUUAAGUUCCUUUAGCAUACGAAACUGCGACGGGAGACGGGAGAUUUGAAGCGAUUGCGCAAAGGUAGAAUCGU